GAUCCAGAGAGCAGUUUACAACCAAAGACUGAGGACAACACUGGAGACUCUUGUGAACCGGACACUGAAGACUCUUCUGAACCUGACACUGAAGACAGUGCUGAUUGGAAGGAGACCAAAGAACCUGCAUCAGGCUCAAACUCACUGAAAAAUAGACAUGAAUCUGUCAGUGCUCCACUACGUAGUACUGAAAAGAAACCAUUUAGCUGCUCAGUCUGUGAGAAAGCUUUUUCACUGAGUGGACAUUUAAAGGCACACGUGAGAGUCCACACAGGAGAGAAACCCUUUAGCUGCUCAGUUUGUGAGAAAGCUUUUUCACUGAGUGGACAUUUAAAGGAACACAUGAGAGUCCACACAGGAGAGAAACCCUUUAGCUGCUCAGUUUGUGAGAAAGCUUUUUCACGGAAUGGACAUUUAAAGGAACACAUGAGAGUCCACACAGGAGAGAAACCUUUUAGCUGCUCAGUCUGUGAGAAAGUGUUUUCACAUAGUGGAAAUGUAAUAACACACAUGAGAAUCCACACAGGAGAGAAACUAAACAGCCACACAGGAGAGAAACUAAACAGCUGCUCACUCUGUAAGAAACAUAUGAUAAUCCACACAGGAGAGAAACUAAACAGCUGCUCAGUCUGUAAGAAAGCUUUUUCACAGAAUACAGAUUUAAAGAGACACAUGAGAGUCCACACAGGAGAGAAAUCACACAGCUGCUCAGUCUGUAAGAAAGCUUUUUCACAGAGUGGAAGUUUAAAGAGACACAUGAGAGUCCACACAGGAGAGAAAGCACACAGCUGCUUAGUCUGUAAGAAAGCUUUUUCACAGAGUGGAAGUUUAAAGGAACACGUGAGAGUCCACACAGGAGAGAAAGCACACAGCUGCUCAGUCUGUAAGAAAGCUUUUUCACAGAGUGGAAGUUUAAAGCAACACCUGAGAAUCCACACAGGAGAUAAAGCACACAGCUGCUCAGUCUGUAAGAAAGCUUUUUCACAGAGUGGAAGUUUAAAGGUACACAUGAGAGUCCACACAGGAGAGGAAAUAUUCAGGUCGUCAGUCCUCACAGCCUAAUGAAAUUCAAACUGAGGAUAACUGAUAGGUAGAGCCUCCAAUAAGCAGCUCAGCUGAACAUAUGGAAACAGAAGCUGAUGGAGAGGACAAUGAAUAAGUCUUAUGACAGUUCACACAUGAGAAAAAUCUGCCUGACUGGAUCAACAUUGUUGCACAAUAUUCAUAUAAGGCUUAAAUGAAUUCCAUCUUUAUCAACAUAAGUGGAAAAUAUAUUUAAUGUUUUUGUCAUACUGAUUUUCUGAUUUAUACGUUAACCACUGAUGAACCAUUUUAUUGUGGAUUGAGGGCUCCAACUUUCCAUAUGGAGAUAUAGGAUGAUUUGAUGUAUUGUCUUUAUUUCUAAAUGUUUUGUAUCAUUUCUAUCCUGUUAAUGAGCCCUGUUUUACAUAAAUGUACCUGUUAUCUGAUGUUUUUGCUGCUGCAACUGUAAGGGAAUACAUUUGCCUAUUUUGUAUCCUGAUGACCUAAUGCCGUUACAUGUAUUACGUUACUCCCUAAGCCUGAUUUCACCCACCUGCAACCGAUUCGCUAAUAAUCACAAAUGUUAAUUUCUUUGACCCCUUGACUCGACAACUUUCUUGUUUAAUAAUCGUUACUCAGGACCAAGUUCCUGUUUCCUGCCUUUCACCCACUGCUCAUUUAAGGUGGACUGACCUUUACAAUGGAGCAGCUAGUCUUAGUGUCUUAAUGCAAACGUGUUGUAAAGUGAGCUAGACCAAAAACGUGCUGUUGGAUUGUGUGCUCUCUGCAGGACGGUGUCUGUACUCAAAGAUUGUUUAUUAAAUUAGAGCUUCACUCUGUUUUUGUUGUCCAAAAGACGCCAACAGAGCGAUACGUCUUCUUUCCAGCAGGUGGCACACAUGUUACAUCAUCCAGUUCAACUGUCAUCCACAUAUUAAUGAUUUAAAACGGCAAUGUGUAAGGUAUGGCUAGUAAUUGACUAUUUCAACAGAAUGUUAAGAGGUUGCAGUGUUUAGGCCAUUUCCAAUAUGUUUGUUUUGUUAGAUUAAAUCUACUGAAAUGAG